GUUUUUACUUCACAAAUUCUGAUCAUUUUUGUGAAUUAAAUAGUCAUAAAGUUGUGUAACAAGCUUUGGGCACUUUAACACACUUUUAGUUGAUUCAUACUUCCUGCAACUGAGUCUUCAGUGUAGCAGUCAGCCACAGAGGGAAAAGACCACAAGCCUCUUCCUGAUUCUUGACAUGUGUCGUCAUUUCUCAUUAUUCCUGCUGUUCUUCCUCCUGUCAUUGGCUCCAAAUGGAUGGUGUCAAAAAGAAGAGGUUUGCUCCAAGUCCAUAAUAAACUCCUGCAGUGACUGUAUCAGAUCUGGACCAUACUGUGCUUGGUGCCAACAGCUGAAUUUCACCAAGGCAGGUGAACAGGAAUCAGCACGCUGUGAAACCCGAGCGAAGUUGAUGGAAAGAGGUUGUGCUGAAAAAGAAAUGAUCGACCCUCACAGCGUCCAACAAACUGAGAAGAAUGAACCUCUAUCCAAAUCGUUCAACAUGCAAGAGCCUGUUCAGCUGAGUCCACAGAUGAUCAGUCUAGAAUUGCGACCCGGGGAUCCAACCACAUUCAGGGUUUCAUUUAAAAGAGUUCAAGGUUAUCCAGUUGACCUUUACUACCUGAUGGACUUGUCUUUCUCCAUGAGAGAUGACUUAGAAAAUGUUAAAGAAUUGGGGCAAGAUCUUUUUUCAGCUCUGAAUAAAAUUACAGAACAUGCCCAAAUUGGGUUUGGUGCCUUUGUUGAUAAGACUGUCCUUCCAUACACAAACACCAAUAAGAACAAACUACAGAAGCCAUGUGAUGACAAUUACGAGUGUCAAGCGGCGUUUGGCUAUCGUCAUGUGCUUAGUAUGACACCAAGGAGCGAUGAGUUCAAAAAAGUGGUCACGGAGCAGUCCAUUUCUGGAAACUUGGAUUCUCCUGAGGGGAGUCUUGAUGCCAUGAUGCAGGCUACCGUAUGCGGGAAUAAAAUAGGUUGGAGGAACAGUAGCACUCGACUGCUCGUGCUGGCAACGGACGACGGAUUCCAUAUGGCUGGAGAUGGAAAAUUGGCCGGAAUCCUGGAACCAAAUGAUGAGCAAUGUCACAUGACAAACAACCUCUACACCAAGAGCAAUCAGAUGGACUACCCAUCUGUUGGACAACUCGCCAUGCAGUUGGAAGAAAACAAUAUUCAACCAAUAUUUGCUGUGACAAAUGAUGUGAAAGAUAUGUACAAGCAACUCUCUAAAAUGAUUCCAAAAUCAGAAGUAGGUGUUCUGUCACAUGAUUCAAAAAAUGUGGUUGAGUUGAUCGAAAGUGCAUACAAUAGAUUGUCAUCCAAAGUUACGCUAACCCAUGAUAAUCUCCCUGAAAACGUAAGAAUUGUUUAUACUCCACGAUGUGAACAUGCGAGGCAAGAAGGGGACAACAAAGGAGUUUGUGACAAUGUUCGUGUGGGAGAAGAGAUUUCUUUUGACGUGACUGUAACAGCAGACACGUGCAUGGAGAAAAAGUCAUUCUCCAUCAGACCGCUUGGUAUUAAAGACACAUUGACCGUGAAAUUAUCUACAAACUGUGAGUGCCAAUGUAAAAAUCCCCCGGAAAGUCAACACACGCAUUGCACGGGCAAGGGAAGAAUAAGAUGUGGUAUUUGCAGUUGCAGUCAAGGCUUUGUGGGUCAGUUCUGUGAGUGCUCCAUCGGCAACAGAGAGGAGCACACCCUGAGAGCCUCCUGUCUGAGGGAGAGUGGCAUUGAAUGUGAGAAUCGAGGGGAUUGCGUGUGUGGCCGAUGCCUGUGUCACACCACGGCAAGUGGUAGCAGUUACCAUGGUGAAUUCUGUGAGUGUGACGACGAACAUUGUGAAAAGUUCCAGAAUAAAUUAUGUGGAGGAAAUGGCAAGUGCAACUGCGGCACAUGUAAAUGCUACCCAGGCUUUGAUGGCUCAGCGUGUCAGUGUACUGUAUCAGAGGAAGGGUGUCGUACCCCGAACAACACCAUUUGCUACGGCAGAGGGAACUGCAAGUGUAACCGUUGUGAGUGUAAAGACGGAUACCAGCGUCCACAUUGUCAGACGUGUCUUGGUUGUCCCGACCCGUGUCAAACCAAACUAAACUGCAUUGAAUGCCUUGGCUUUGACUUGGGUCCCUUAAAAAAAAACUGCAGUGUGGUAUGCGGAGACAGCGUUUGGCAUGAGAUGGUAGAUCAGUUCACCAUUUCAAGUAAACAGUGCCAGCAAAAGGACACAGAAGGUUGUUGGAUUCAUUUCAAACUGGAUCAGCUGGUUGGAGAGGACAACUACAAGGCUGAAAUUCUAAAACAGAGAGACUGUCCAGAACCACCCAGCAUCUUGGCUAUCAUUGGGGGUUCCAUCGCAUCAGUGGCUCUUAUCGGCAUCUUGUUGUUGUUGCUUAUCAAGUUACUCAUUUACAUGAAGGAUCUGAAAGAGUUCAGGAAGUUUGAAAAUGAAAAGAAGAAAUCCAAGUGGGCAAACGCAGACAAUCCGCUGUUCCAGAAUGCCACCACAACUGUGACCAAUCCAACCUUCACUGGAGAAUAAGUGCUAUUGCAGUACUGCUUACUCUGAGCCAACGCAAAAGCAGCAUCAAAAUUACAACCUUAAAAUUGUAUUUUUUGUUAUUUUUGAAAUGUCCUUAAUGUCAUUUCUUUUAAUAAUAAUGAAAGAUUCCCUACUUUAUUAG